CAGUAAAACCGAAAAAAUGGACCGUAAUGUCAGAGAACGCAUACGCCAUCCGCCUGGUUUACGCGGACGCGAUAUCGGUUUAUUCUAUCGUAAUCUAUCGAAAAGAAAACGGGAGAGUGGUGAAACGCCGUCCCUGAGAUUGGGUCCUUGCGUAAGCGUACCGCAAACAGUGCUGGCAAAGGUUGAAGAGAGUUUACGACGAUUUGAACAGAGCUGUGAAGAUGAGAAGGUUUUAAAAGACUUUGAGGGCCAAUUUCGUCAUUUGUUGUGCAGUGAUUUCGAGGAUUUCAUUGCCAGUACAAAGGCAAUGAAUGCCGAACUGCAGGAUAAUGAAUUUCAGAAUCAACGUUACAAAUCAGAGAUUCUAUCAAAGGAACGCGAUCCAGAGUUUCAGCAACGUUAUGAGCAGCGGCUGAAAUUGCCAACAAUGAAGCAGAGUGACCGCAUAUUGGCAUCGAUUAAAGACAAUCAAGUGGUCCUUAUAGUUGGUAGUACGGGUUGUGGUAAGACCACACAAGUGCCACAACUCAUACUGGACGAUUAUAUUUAUAACAAUCGCGGCUCCCAAUGUCAUGUGGUAUGCACACAACCGCGUCGCAUCUCGGCAGUUACCGUUGCCGAGCGUGUUGCCUACGAAAGACUCGAGCGGUUGGGUGUUUCGGUGGGCUAUCAAAUACGUUUGGAGUGCGAAAUGCCACGCGAGAGUGGCUCUAUAUUGUAUUGCACCACAGGCGUGCUUUUGCAGAAACUACAAACCGAUCCUCUUAUGAGUGCCGUUAGUGUAAUAAUUAUUGAUGAAAUACACGAGCGUGGCGUGGAAACAGACUUGUUGUUGGCCCUUUUCAAAAUCAUCUUACCACACCGUCCGAAUUUGAAGGUUAUACUUAUGAGUGCCACAGUAUCGGAGGAGGAAUUUAGCGAUUACUUCAACAAUUGCUGUACCAUACACAUUGAAGGCUCCAUGUAUCCGGUUAAGGUGAAUUAUUUGGAAGACAUUAUACAAGAGACCGGUUUCACACGUUUUCGUAAUAAUCCACACGAGUGCGCCAAGAAUAUGCCACGAUAUCAUGGCAAGCAAUUCAACCGUCGGAAUGCCGAUGAUUUUCAAUACACCGCUAUGAUAGAGCCAUAUUUGCGUCAAAUCAAAGAUAAAUACGAUUCACAAGUGCUGCAGUCAUUGCGGUGCACAGAUUCGGAAGGUUGUGAGAAUUUGCAAUUUCUAGAGCAUUUGAUUUUCUACAUUUGUGAUACGAAACCACCAGGCGCGAUUUUGGUUUUUUUGCCGGGUUAUGAUAAAAUUUCUAAGCUCAAUUCGAUACUACAAAAUCCCACACUGCCGAUCGGCCAACGGUAUUCACGCAAGAUACAAGUGUAUCCACUGCACUCCAUGAUGCCGACCAUGUUCCAAAAGAGCGUCUUCCAACCCUCACCGCUCGGAAUACGCAAAGUCAUACUUUCCACCACAGUGGCUGAGACUUCGGUCACCAUUGACGAUGUCGUUUACGUCAUCAACUGCGGACGCAUGAAAACAAAUAAUUACAAUGUGCCGGGCAAUCUGCAGACACUCGAAGAGACUUGGGUGACAAGAGCGAACUCACAGCAACGCAAGGGACGCGCCGGACGCGUGCAGCCCGGUAUUUGUUAUAAUCUCUUUAGUCGCGCGCGUGAGAAGACAAUGUUGGAGCAGAUUGUGCCGGAAAUAAAGCGCACAAAACUAGAGUCUACCAUCUUGAGUUUGAAAAUGUUGCAUAUAAAAAAUGUAAAUGAAUUCUUGAACACGCUCAUAUCACCGCCCGAAAAUCAGGCCAUAAUGAAUGGUGUAAAUUUGUUGAAACGCAUCAAUGCUUUGGACACGGAGGGUACAUUAACACCGCUGGGCAUGCAUUUGGCACGUUUACCGGUCGAUCCGCAAAUUGGCAAAAUGCUUGUGAUGGCUGCGCUGUUUCGUUGCAUGGAUCCCAUUACUUCGGUGGCGGCCGGUCUCUCAUUUAAAUCGCCAUUUUAUACGCCACUGGGCAAAGAGAAGGAUGUUGAUCGUGUUAAACGUGAGCUCUCUGCAAACAAACGCAGCGAUCAUCUUAUGAUCGACAAUGUGGUUCUUAAUUACCGUGAAUCGCUCGAAGAUGGUUCGGAGCGAGAUUUCUGUUACAAGAACUUUUUAAAUCUCGGAACGCUACAACAGCUGGAGGAUAUGAAACGUCAGUUUGCCAGUUUACUGCGCGUUGCCAGCUUUACAGAAUCCGUCCAGUGCAGCGCCAAAUCAUCAAAUGAGAAUGCAAAUAAUAUUCCCCUACUACGUGCAGUCAUUGCGGCCGGCUUGUACCCGAAUAUGGCAUUUUUAAGUAAAGUGCGUCGCACAAAGAAUCAUGUGAAUGCCAUACAACACCUCUGCACGCCGGAAGAAAAACGUGUCAAUUUCCAUCCAUCUUCGGUGAAUAGCAAUGAGGCUUCCUUUGACUCACAUUAUUUUGUCUACUUCCAAAAGCAGAAAUCAACAAGCGUCUUCCUUUUGGAUGCCACUAUGGUCUUUCCCAUGGCCUUGAUCAUAUUUGGGGACGGUGUGGCAACUGGCUAUACUGAGCAUAAAGUGUUUUACAUAUCUGUGGGACAUACUUACUACUUUAAAUGCGAUCCCGGCACAGCGAAGGUUAUAAUGGAGUUACGUAAACGUUUGGAAUGGCUGAUGCAAAAGCGCGCACUCAAUCCAGCGCCCAUUCAACCAAAUAGUAGUGAAGAUUGUAUAAUUAAGGCGAUUCAGAUACUUUUAUCUUUGGACGAUGUCUACGAUUACAGCGACCAAUAUUUGUCAUCUGACGAGGAGUCGAAAUAAAUACCCCAUGAAGUUUUCUAAUUUUCAUUUUAUAGCCAUAAUUUUUUUAACGGCACAUUUUUUCAGUUAUACAUACAAGUAUGUAUACACAUAUAUGUGUAGCGAAUCAUUUGCCCAUCGGGAUGAUUUCGGAAUAAAAAAAUUCAAUA